UUACAGAAUGGAUUCGUAAAGUGCCAUCAGGAAAGUUGUCCGCCUAUUGAUGAUUGUUAUUUAUUGGAAAAGAAAACCUCUGAUACGUGUUGCAAUAAAUGCAAAGGUUGCAUUUUUCGUGGCAUCCCCUAUGCCAGUGGCUCGGAAUGGACGGACCCCGAAGACCCGUGUAAAUCAUACAAAUGCGUUGGCAGUGUUGUUACCGAAACAAUAAUGAAAUGCUAUACGCAGUGUGAUGACAUGCAAUUGACAAAACCAAAACCGGGAGAAUGUUGUCCAACAUGUCAAGGUUGCAAGAUCAAUGGACAAAUAGUUUUGGAAGGCCAAGAGGUUGUCGCCUCAAUCGAUGAUCGUUGUUUGGUGUGUCAAUGUACGGGUAAUCAAUUAACGUGCGCCAAAAAAACAUGUCCUGUUUUACAAUGUCCCAUUUCGAAACAGAAACUACUACCCAACGAAUGCUGUCCACGUUGUAUGGAACAAAGAGAAUUUAUGCCACUACCAGGAAAAUGCAUUUUUAAUCACAAAAUUUUCAAUGACAAAAUCCAAUUUAUGCCCGAUCGCUGCACGAAUUGUACUUGCACCAAUGGCACUAGUAUAUGUGAGCGUAAAACCUGCCCUAUACUGGAAUGCUCGCCAGAGUAUCAAGAAAUGGAUGGUUGCUGUCCACGCUGUAUAAUAUCCGAGGUACGCAGUGAAUGCAUUUCGAAUGGUAUUAGUUAUCAAAAUAAUGAAACCUGGAAUUUGGGACCGUGUCGUUCGUGUCGUUGUACAGCGGGUAAUAUACGCUGUUCGGAGAUGCGUUGUCCGGCCAUAAAGUGUCGUUCGAAUGAGGAGUUAAAGGUAUUGCCGGGUGAAUGUUGUCCCAAGUGUAUAGAGACCGCUGGCACUUGUACCGUUUUCGGUGAUCCUCAUUUCAAAACGUUUGAUGGUAAAUUUUAUAGUUUCCAAGGUUCCUGUAAAUAUCUGCUAGCUUCCGAUUGUCGUGAUCAUACGUUUUCGAUACGUUUGACUAAUGAUGGACGUGGUACGAAUACCUCGUCUUGGACUAAAACGGUUACUUUGAAAAUGCGUGGUAUACGAGUAAAUUUGGGCCAAAAGAUGAGAGUUAAGGUAAAUGGUAGUCGAGUGGUUUUGCCCUAUAGCCAGGGAGCCAUUACUAGCAUAGAACGUUUAAAGGAGAGCAUAAUAUUGAAAACAGAGCUGGGCUUGAGUAUAGAAUGGGAUGGCAAUAAUUAUUUGCAAAUCAUGGCCCCCUCUUCCUAUAAACGUAGACUAUGUGGCUUGUGUGGCAAUUAUAAUGGUUUGGCCCGUGAUGAUCUCACCAGUCGUGAUGGUGUUAAUCACACUGAGGUAUGGCGUUUUGCCAAUUCCUGGAAAGUUGGCGGUCCCAAGGCCUGUUCACGUAAAAAAGAGAACAUAGCUGUACAACCCAUCUGCAAACAGAGAAAAACCAAUGCCUUGUGUCGACCCCUGCGCAUAGCCGAAGUAUUUGGCAAUUGUAAUGAUCGUUUAAAUCCCAACAACUAUAUCGAUUCCUGUAAAAUGGAUGUUUGCGAGUGUCCGGAUGGCAUGUGUCAUUGCGAUAGUUUUGCCGCCUAUGCCCGCGAAUGCCAACGUUUGGGUGUCACUUUACCUGAUUGGCGUUCUUCUACCAUGUGUCCGUAUGGUAUGUGGAAAAGAGAUUUUAAUACCACACUUUAUCUCCUGCAGGAUAAUCCCUACUAUGGUGACUUGAGUUUUCUACGCAAACCCCUGGCUAACCAGAGAGGUGCGCGUAAGCACAAGAAAGCUCAACAUAAUUACAAUGAAAUCCAAAGGAAUUUCAUUGACAAACAUGUACCGAAAGUUCUAUUAACAUCGAAGACUCCAGAGCGUACACCACUACCAUUGCAUUGAGCGGCAAAGCGAGAGAGAGAUACGCAGAUAAACUAGGUGUAAGCGUUUUCCGUUGGGAAAGAAGAGAAAAAAAGCGUUACGGUUUUGUUAACUAUACUCUAUUGUAAUAAUUUAAAAUUUAAAAGAAAAUAGCUAUAGAUCAAAUUUUAUAACAAUUUUCUCUUGCUAUUAUUAAGGAGCAAAGAAAUGGCUUUAAUUUAAUACUCUUAAGUUCUCUCAAUGCUGCUAAACAAAGAAGACUCUCUUUCGUUUGUUAAUAGCGCUCUGGUGUGAUUAAAAGAAAACUUAUUAAAAAUCCAGAGAGCCUCUUUUUAAAACUAUAAAGCAGAGGUAGGCAAAGACUUCUCAAAAUGUAUGUUUAUGACUAUCGCUGCUUUAAAGAGAGAGAGAGAGAGUGUAUACGUGUUUCGAAUAACAAACAUUCUACUUCAUUAAGAGAUGAAAUUUGAUGAAACAGCGAUAGACAAAAAAGUUCUCAUAAAAGCUCUCUUGCAGUCAGAGAGCAAAUUUGCUUUACUCUCUGCCUAUCAUUGCUUUAAAAUGUUAAAAAUUGCAAAGUCAUUACUUUCUCCUUAAAUAUUAAAACCCCAAAAAAGAGAAAUAUUUAUUUUUUUUAUUGUAAUAACCCGAUUAUUAAGAGCAUAUUGCUUUUGUUGUAUAUUUCUUUUUUAUAUAAUUUUAUUUUAAUUUUUUUGUUUAGCUUUUAAUUAUUUAGGUUUUUUUGUAGAAAAUAUUUUGUUUUCUUUUGUAUACAUAUUUUUCCUGAAAUGGCUCUUAUUUCAUAAACAACAUUCUAAAUGUGAUUCUAGCUUUAAAAAAAGAACUUAAAAAAAGCUUUUUGUAACAAAAGCUUAUUUAAAAGCUUUUUUCAAAGGGAUCUUAAGCUAAUAUCUAAUUAAAAAAACUUAUUCAUUGUUUUCAACUGCUCUCUUCCAUGAUCUUUACUAAACUAUCUUAACUCGGCUACUCUUCACCACCAUUCGAUCAUUAUUAACACAAAGCUUUUGUAAAGCUUUGCACACUAUUCCUAAAAUAAGAGCCAUUCAAUUUCAUUGAAUAAAUUUAAAUUAUUUCUAAAUUUGAAAAAAAUUUCGUAAUAAAAGAAAUUAAACCUAAAAUAGAUCUCAAUUAUAUUAAAAAUAUUAUUUUUAUUAUUAUUUUUUUUUUUUAAUUUUAAUUAUAUUUUAGUUAUUGCAUUAGUUUCUAAUUAUAAACAAAACGCAUGCAAAAACAACCAUUCAUUAAACAUUUCCAUUUACAUAUACAUAGAACAAUUUAAAUAGAAAUAUUUCCACAAAAUUAAAGAUCAAAAUUAUAGGCAAUUUAAAAGAGCUUUUAUAUGAAUAUGAAAAAAGCUUUCAAUAGAUUCGUUUAAGAAAAGUCGACUAGUAAGUUUAAAAAUUUAAAAGCUUUUUAAUAGAGUAACCCAAUAUAAACUAUGCUUUGUAAAGCAGAUAUUCGCAGUUUAAAAGCCUUAAAAUGCAGCUAAAUUAACUUAAGAUAAGCUAGAGAAAGUAAGAAAGCUUUGUUGGUUAAAUAUUUAAAAACUUCAUCCUAAUCAAAUGUUUUGCAAAACAGAUUAUUGCAGUUUAAAAGCUAUAAAAUCAAGCUGAAUUAAGUUAGAAAGAUUUUCGUUUAAAAGCUUUUUAAGUUAAAUCUUUAGAUACUUACUCUUAAUAAAAUGUUUAAAAAUCAUAUCUUAAUAAGCUUUUAUUAAAUAGUUCUAUAAUAUUUGCGAGCUUUAAAAAAAAAUUAUUUAAUUAAGAUAAAGCUCUGAACAAAAUAACGGAUCUUUCCGCAGUUUAAAAGCUCUUAAAUCAAGCUUAAAACAAUUCAAUAUAAACUUUACAAUGUACAAUCGAUUUUUGCAUUUUAUUAAAAGCUUUCAUACUAAGACAAAUUAGCUGAAUAUAAACUAAAGAAAGUACAGAUUAAAAGCUUUCUUUUUAAAGUUCAAUAUUUAUGAGAUUUUUUAUAAAAAUUUGAUUUAAAUUGAGAUUAAACUCUGCACAAAUGAAAAAAGCUUUAAAAUAAAGUUACGUUAAAUCAAGAUAGUUUCAAAGUUUAAAAGCUUUCAGAGACAAAACUUCCCAAUCACUUCUUUCUGAAUAGUUCUUAAUAGGUAUUGCAACGUGCGACCAAGUGUUGUCAUUGUGGAAUACUACUCUUUCAUAUCUGACCCUUUUUCGGUCAAUGUUCCCUUCAAACGGAUCAGUUGCAUUCGGUAUAGGUUGCCUGUGAUGGUGUGGUCAGAUUUCAGCAUCUCUUAAUAGUUAGGAACCUUUUAGUCCCAUCAAAAGAAUUGCUCAUCUUUAGAGGGCAAGAAGGAAUCAAACCAAUUUCAGUGUAUCCUGUUCUGAAGUGAAACGUCGGUCUGCAUAGAACGAAACAAAUAAUAGUUUGACUUGGAGAAGUUUGGACUUCAAGGCGCGUGAGACAAAACUUCAUAAUCACUUCUUUCUGAAUAGUUCUUAAUAGGUAUUGCAACAUGUGACCAACAUUGUGGAAUAUUACACUUUUAUGUCUGGCCAUUUUUCGGUCAUUAAUCGCUUUAAACGGAUCGGUUCAGGUUCCCUGUGAUGGUCUGUUCAGAUUACAACAACUCCUAAUAUAUAGGAACCUUUUAGCCCCACUAAAUACAACGUAUUGCCCUAGAGCAAUGGACAUUUAGCUUUGUUGACGAUUCGGCUUGUUAGUCGGGUUUCACAUACUAUUUCUUACGUUUAUUCGGCUUAUUGUUCGGACAAGCAAACUUGUUUAACAAGGUCUCUCGGUUUCAAUUCGUAUAGAACCCAAUGUUUCUGUUGUGAUAUGAAUCUUUCUGCUCCCAAUAGUUUUGAAAUUGCUGCUUCAGUAGAGCUCGUGUUUCAUAAUUUUAAUGCCUUCAAUUCUUGGUCUGCAAAGCCUAGGCGAUCUAUGUAUUCAGAAUCUACUUUUCAGAAAUAUCUCUAGCUUAUUAAAACCGCUGAAACAUAUUCAUCAAAAAGUUCGGUAAGCAAUCCGAUGGCUUUUGCGGCAAAGUUCCCUUCACAUGACUUUGUUUCUUGAACCAGGUCCAUUUCUUCAAUUGUUUAAAAAGGCAUUUUAUUAUAUUUAUAUAUCCCAAUCCACUUUUCUUAUUGAAUAACUAGACAAAACCGAUCAAAAGAGGUGUUAAUCACAUUGAAGGAUCAUAAACGACUCGAAAAUGUUUAAAAAUAUUGAUUGUGUUAAGACUGUGUUAAAUCAAGGUUUAGAACAUUUGUAACCCUUAAGCCUAUAAUUUUGACCUUUAAUUUAGUUUAAUAAUUUAGCUAAAAUUACUUAAAAAAAAAAAAAAACCACAAGACUCGAUAUAAACUAAUAAUAAAGCGAUAAUAAUUUAAAAAACUAUUAAA